UAGCGCAUUAUCUCUCUUCUAGACCCUUCGGGUAUAUUUUCCUGUUUCUUCUUGAAAUUAAAAACCUUAAAACCUCUUUUUGUUAUUUUCUUUGUGUGUUAUACAAAAUCCUAAACCUGAAACAAUGGUUGUGUGUAGUGUGCGAGACUGUUUUCACAUUUACGGCAGGGAGUCACGCCAGUUUUUCAGAUUUCCUCCUCCAAAUUCCCUGCUGAUGAAGUCGUGGCUGUCGGCCCUUGGAACUGGUGCUGUAGAACCUUCGGUCAACAGUCGAAUCUGCAGCUGUCACUUUCCCAAUGGCGAUAAGACCAAACCACCCACCCUCGUUGAACCUUUCAUGCCCUGUAAUACUUCAAGGCAACCGAACAGAAUAUUUUCCCCUCCUAGACCCAGUAAAAUCCCGAUUCCUGUGUUCAGAAACAGUUCUAGUCCAAGGAUUCCUUCAAAGAAAUCCAAAAGAAGCCCUUUGUCCUCUAUUGCCAUUCCUGUAAAGAAUGCAAGGUAUCUAUCUCCUCCUUUUCCUUUUUACCUUGUCUUUCUCAAGAAUCUACACUAUAACUGUGAUCAAAUCCUUAACUUAGCACUGAAACUGGAUUUAACAUGCCAAAGGAUGGAAUGUCUCGAUGCGCUGCAAAAACGCUACAUUGGUACACAACGAUUGAUACAUGAAAAUGGUUCGACUACACAGUGUAUUGAUGACAACGCCUCCCAUUUCGAUCUGAGUGAUGUGUGCCCUUCAUCAGUGUUAUGCCCAUAUUAUAUGAACCAUCCGGGCUCCAAUCCCAGUAUCUCGGUUUGCGACAUUGCACACUUACUGUAA